AACGGCAGCAGCAUGAGUAACCCAAAUGCUGCGCCUGGACAGGGCUCUAAUCCCAAUUUGGUUUCAACGGCAGUCAAUACUGACCUGAAAGGGCUGAUUCAUUGCCAUUUGCCAAGCUUUUCGUACAGACAUGGAAUGAUUCCAAAGCUCUACGUGAUGCCCUGGAAACAAGAUAUGAAGUUUCGCAAUAUGGCUUUAAAGCAUGCUAAACUUGUUGAGCUUUAUACCGGCCCCCUUGAAGACAGUCUGUUUCUGGAGAAGUGUGAAAGGCAUUGUCAUGGAGAAGACCGAAAGCAGCUUCUUCAAAAAGUCCCUUGUCGACUGACCGUUGAAGACAUUCCCAUUUAUUCCCAUCUUUCUAGAUACCAUAAGUCCAUGAUGGCUUAUGGCUUCAGGAUCAGACUCUGAGGCGCUUCUCUCCAGCGGCAGCUGCAUUGGCCACAAAUUAAACAAUGCUGCAUGAAAACAGCGCACAAUU